AUGGCAGCAACAAUGGAUACUCAUAUGCCUCAACAACAUGAUGAUCUUCAUUUGAUGGGUUUACAAGAAUUGGACUCGCAUUUGUCAAUAUUCGAAUCGUCAAACAUGGACAUGGAGUCAUCAACUGGCACACCAGAAUCAACCUCAAAUUAUGCCGAUGCUAUCAACGCGUCCGAUCAAGUAACAACCAUUGUUGUUGAAUCGCCAGAUGAAGUUUAUUCGCCAAGUGCUCAGUAUGGAUCCCGUGCCAGGGCAACGGAUCCGAAGCUUAAUGCCCUUCAAGCUGAGCACCACACUAAGUCCGCUUUGAAUGGCAGCCUGCAUCUUAAACCAGAGAGUGCUCGAGAUUCAAUGGCAUCAUCAAUGGGCACAGAUAUUGACGACGGCUCAUCGGCUCUUUCUUCGAUAUCGAGCAAAGCGACCUCACCUACAGGAUUUGAUGCAAUUUCGAAGGAGACAAGCAAAUUGACUUCACAAUUGGCGAAGCGUCGCGACAAAUUCGAUGUCCGUCCGAGAGUCUCGAUUCCGACUGAUCUGACCCCGAGCGAGUAUGCGAGACAAUGUAUUGCGGCCGCAGAAUCGUCGCGUCUAAACCCGUACAGUUUGCAUCCUGAGGAGCAUGCUAUGCUGCGUAAACACAUCAGCCAUCAACAGGUUACAACAUAUCUCAAUAUCCGGAAUGGCAUUCUGAGAUUGUGGACGAGGAAUCCUAUGAUCGGGGUUAUGAGAGAUGAAGCCGUCGGAUGCGCCAGAGAUGUCCGGUGGUUUGAUACAGCCUGUGUUUGCUACGAAUGGCUGGUUCGACGUGGCUACAUCAAUUAUGGUUGUUUGGAGCAUGUCGAAAGCAAGCGAGACAACAAGAAAUCAAAAGGUCCCAAACGUAAACGCAAGACAGUUGCCGUUCUAGGUGCCGGCAUGUCUGGCUUAGGAUGUGCAAGACAAUUAGAAGGUCUCUUUUCCCAGUUCGAAGAGCGCUUUCGAGCUAUGGGCGAGGAUCCACCGCGAGUUGUAGUCCUAGAGGGCAGAGACAGAAUUGGCGGACGCGUAUAUUCUCGAGCUAUGAAAUCAAAACCCAAGUAUCCAACUCUCAGCUAUGGCAGUAGACACACUGCGGAGAUGGGAGGCAUGAUCAUCACAGGCUUCGAUCGUGGCAAUCCGCUGAACAUCAUUGUCAGAGGUCAACUAGCAUUACCAUAUCACGCCUUGAAGCCAGACACUACGAUCUACGAUGCUAUCGGAAGACCUGUUGAUAUCAACCGGGAUCAGUUCGCGGAGAAAUUAUUCAAUUACAUUUUGGAUCGUGUAAGCGAGUACAAAUUCAAGCUUCCAACGCACCCAGUCGUCGACGGAGACAAGGAUCUGCUUGACGCCGGUCGAGAUGUGAGCUCAGAAGGCACUAGAACGAUCAGCGAGGUUGAAGACACCACACAAUCGUCGGCAAGUUCAAGCAAAAAUGGAUCUCGCGCGCCUUCGGAGCAGUUGAUUCCUGUGUCAUCUGAUCGGCUCACAGGUAGAGCUCACUUGGAGCCUGGGAUUCCUGCGGUGCACACGGCUGCCUUCAAAGCUCAAGAAAUUGGCUGGCGUCUUCGUCCUGGUGUUGGUAUUGAGCAAGAUUUGGAUCUCGAAAAUGUCGUCAACUCAAGAUAUGCUACACUAGGGCUGGUCUUUGACGAAGCUAUUCGACAAUACACCCGAAUCAUCGACUUUGCCCCGCUUGACCUGCAGUUGAUCAAUUGGCAUGUUGCUAAUCUAGAAUACAGCAACGCUGUUACUUGCAACAAGCUCAGUCUUGGUGGUUGGGAUCUGGACGCAGGAAAUGAAUGGGAAGGUAAACACACCAUGGUAACCGGCGGCUACCAGCAGGUCCCUCGAGGUCUGCUCAACUGUCCGGAGCCUCUUAAUGUUCGUAGAAAGAGCAAAGUCAAGCGCGUCUCGUACAAAUCCGAUGUCAACGACUCUCCAUCUGUCAUCGAGUGCGAAGAUGGCGAAACGAUCGAAGCGGACUACAUAGUCUCAAGUAUACCAUUAGGUGUCUUGAAACAGCAGAACAUCAAAUUUGAACCAGCUCUUCCAGACUGGAAGAUGGGUCCUAUUCAAAGAAUUGGGUAUGGAGUCCUCAACAAGGUUGUGCUUUUGUACGAGAAUGCUUUCUGGGACGAGAGUCGAGACAUUUUCGGGACAUUGCGAAACCCAGCAAACCGCUUUUCUCUUGAGCAGUCCGAGUAUUUUACGCAGCGAGGUCGAUUCUUCCAGUGGUUUAACGUUACCAACACGACUGGCCUACCAACACUGCUUGCUCUUAUGGCCGGCGAUGCCGCAUUCUCAACAGAAAGCACUCCCAAUGAGCUGCUUAUUGCCGAGGCUACCAAGGUUCUGAGAAGUGUUUUUGGGGCAAGUGUACCCUCGCCUGUUGAAGCAAUAGUUACAAGAUGGGGUCACGAUGAGUUCUCGUAUGGAAGCUAUUCAUACACUGGCCCCAAUUUCAAGCCAGAUGACUACGAUGUCAUGGCUAAGCCUAUUGGCAACCUUUUCUUUGCUGGCGAACACACUUGUGGUACGCACCCAGCUACUGUUCACGGUGCCUACAUUUCGGGCCUCAGAGCAGCUUCGGAGGUGCUGGAAAGUAUGAUUGGCCCAAUCGAGAUUCCUGAGCCUUUGGUCUUGCCCAAUAACUCGUCCAUGAAAAGGAAAUCGGAUGCAAUCCAUAGUCCCAAGGAUCCAAAACAGGCACGCCUUGAGGCGUACGAGAGACAGGUUUGGGAUGCCAUAUAUGCUAAGCUUGGUGACCGACCUUGGAAACCUGCAAACAACUACGCAAAUCCGUAUCGGAUGUACAGUAAGGACAAAUGGGAAGAAGCCAAGAAGAAAUGCGAGACCGGCCGAAGACCAGGAAAGGGCAAGCCCAUACCUAACGAGGUGAAGAAGAUGGUCACCAAGAUGUGGAAAGAGGCUUCUGAGGAAGAAAAGAAGCCUUACAACGAAAGAGCGGAUGUGCAAAAGAAGGCCUACACAGACGCUAUGGCAGAAUACAAUUCAAAAGCUAGCCAGUGGGAUAAAGACGCCCUGGCGUACCGUGAGGUGUAUGAAAAGGAGCACCCCAGCGUCCCGGCACCAGAAGAAUUCGCCAGCCCUUCGAGAGACAGGCGAGCUAAGCGAGGCGUGAAUGGGUAUGCAGAGGAUUCGGACGAUGAGGUUGAUGUUUAA